GAAAGGAAUCCUGGGAACAACAAGAUGGCGGGACGUUCAAAAACUCCGCCGACUGGCCGAAUUUACUAUAAAAUAAACUGUAAAUAACAAAGCAUAACGCAACCUUAACCGCAAAAUUUCCACCGGAACGUCGUAAACACGUCGUCGGAUUAUCGCCGGUAAUCAUGAACCGGGUUCGGAUGAAGUUUGAGUCUCCGUCCAGUCUGACAGGCUCCCCGAACACAACCAAACAGAACCGACUGAGGAGAAGUUCCAGGCAGACUCAGAGGACGCAGACAGCGGCGGAGGUCGACUCUCCAAAGAGCCAGCAGUCCGUUUUUAAGACCCCGACCAGAAUCCCGAGAUCCAGAGCAGGCACCGGUUUCAGCGGAGAGUCUCCACAUAAUGACUCCGACUUUCAGCAGGACAUCAUCUGGGACGCAACCUCUCCCUCACCCAACAGACUCGGUAAAAGAGGCAAGAAACAGCCUGCUGGAGUUGUGGACAUCUCAGAGAUCGUCAGCAGGAUCGCUCCAAAGCAUGGCAGGCCGAAGGUUGCAGAGCCGACGUUACAGCAGUGGAUCGGAGACAGCGCCACCAUUCCCUGCACGCCAGAUGUUCAAGUUCCCAAACCCAAGAAGAAAUCCCCGAGGCCAAACGGAGUGGACGACCUGCUGAAGCUCGCCAAACAGUUUGACUUCAACAUGUUUCAUAAGGACGAAGAAGAAGAAGAAGUAGUUCAGGACCCACACCAGCAGAGCCUGGAGCUCCUGUCGGAGGACAUCUUGGAUUUAGAGAACCGUGAUCCAAACUUUUCACCUCCACAUCCUGGAACCUGCCAGCCAGCUGUGACGGCAGCGGCUGGGACAGAUGAGCAGGUCCACCUGCAUCAACACAUGGAGGACGAUUUGGAUUUCCUUUUUGAUGGACCGACCCAACAUGUGAGUGGAGACUUAAGUCAGGUGUCGUUAGCUCAGCAGUCACAAGAAAAACCUGCUUUCAAAGAGGCUUCUGGGAAACCGUCUGCUUCCUCACGCACUCCCACGUCUGGUGUUUCCACGACAAACAUUAAAGGAGCUUCAGGAAACGACGAGUUUGAGGACGACUGGGAGAACGAUGACUUGCUAAAUGACUCCUUAGUGUUGGAGAUGACCCAAAACCCACAGAACUUCACCGCUCCAAAGCACUGUUCAACCCAGAAACCAUCUGGUCCAGUAAACGCUCCUGCCCGUGGCACUGCUGGACACGACCAAUCAGCUGUCUCUAAAGUGGAAAAGGACAAUGUGAGACAAAGAACGACUUUCAGACUGGAGCCUAAUCCUAAUUUCUCCGUCACAAGAAUCCAGACAGACGCGUGGACAAACUGGAAGGUGGAUUACAGCUUGAAAGCAGCAAAAGAAGACACCCAGCAGAGCCGGUGUGAGGGUUCUUUAGUUGUGGCGGGAUCUCAGCGGACCAGGCAAACAUCAAACACAGAAAAGUCAGAUCCACAGAAACCAGAAUUUCAACAAAGGGCCUCUGCUGGAAGUUUCAAAUACAAUACGACUGACACAAGAACAACUCAGAGCUUUCCACAAAAACCUGAAGCAGGUUCAUCCCACAGCGAGGCGCCCGCCGUCUCCGACCUCCUGGAUGAGGACCUGGACGCUUUCUUCUUGGCCGACCCGGUUUGGGACGACCCAGCUGAUGACGACCUGCUGUGUGAAAUAUGUGAAGAUGUGGAGAACCAGAUCCAGAGCGUGGUUUCCGCUAAACAGACUCUUCCUGUGUCCAACCAGAGAGCAGCUCUGCAGCCAUCCAGCAGAACCGGCGGGGACAACAGGACCCAACAGCAGCCAGCCAAUCGGCAGCCUUUCCCCCAAAAACAAACACUGGUGACUCUUCCUUGUGCUCCAGGUAGACCAGUGGGCGCUUCGUUGGCUGCUGGUUUUGUCUCCAACGUUGCUGCAGGUGCACAAUCGAACACAGUGACAAAUUCUUUCAGGUUCACACAAGCAAAAAACACUCCAGGAUCCACAAACAGUCCAGGGUGUCUGCAGGGGAGCAGCAGAGUCCAGCUGGCAACGCAGGGGAACCUCCGCAAAGACCAGUUCACCUUCAAGAAGCCAGGCAACCCGGUUUCUGCAAUGACCAGCAAAGUUCCGGGAAAAUGUUCAGCAGCAGAGAUCGAGCUGAAGAAGCAGCAGGCGAUGGAGAAACGACGACAGCGACUGCAGGCCGCCCAAAACCUCCGAGCUCCGACCUGAUGGAGACAAAGAAGUAUUUGGAAACAACAAACCUGAAGAGCUGAACAGUGUCUCUGCUCACCUGCCUGAAGAUAAACCAGACUCAACAUGCUGAGCUUGCGUCGCUGAAUCAGUUCGAUAAGCAACGAGAGCUGGCCAACAUUUCUUGUACAAAUAUAUUCUUGUAAAAAUGAAUCUGUACAUUUACUGUAAUUUAAUGUUUGUUUCUGUCACAUUUCUUUU